GUGCACUUGAGGAAGGAAAUAUUUACCAUUAGUGCAUCACAAGGGACAAGGCGUGGACAUAAGUUAAAGCUGCAGAAAGGGUUGUAUGUUUAAAUCAGUACAUGCAUUUCGUUUGUAACAAAGGGUAAAAUGCAGAAUAGACUUAUCUUUAUUGUAAUCAGUUUCGUUUGGUCCAAAACAGUGUUUUCGAGUUCGCCAGGAGAUGCCUUUUCACAUUGCCCUAUAUACGUACCUGAAGGAGGAUCACUGAAGUGUAACUGUCAAUUGACCAUUAGUCAGUGCCCUCCGACCUCAUGCUCUGUGACGUGGCCGGGACAUUCCAACAACAGAACAUUGAUUGUGACAAACGUCACACGUGGUGAUAACGGUACAGUGUUUACCUGUGUGAUGACACAGGGAGAAGUCAGAAAGACUUUCAACUAUACACUGCGUGUGGCCUAUGGCCCUCUAAAUGUAAGCAUACUCGCUACUUCGCCGUUCAUUUCUGAUGGAACAAAUUACCUUCGCCUAACGUGUGAGGCAACAGAGGUCUACCCUGUACCACAUUUUACCUGGAACACCGGCAGGUGUAUCAACAACGACACGGACAAAGGAAGUUGUGUGUUGAAGCCUGAACCACCCUGGGAUGAUAGAAAAGAAGUACGAUGUACUGCGAUAAACAAUUUCGGCACAGCCAAGAUGACGGCGACAUACAAGUUAAACCUCACAUAUCCACCUCCGAAACCUCCUCAGAUACUUGAUUACAAACCUGGACAGGUUCUUGCCAAUGGAGACCUUCUUCAGUGCAACGUCUCUGGAGGAAAGCCAUUGGUGAAGAAAGUCAACUUCUCUUGUUCCUCUGAUCCUCCUCUGGAAGAUCAACAGGACACAAUUGAAGGUUCUUCGAUGCUUAGUAAUGUGACCAUCAAGGCUAAAGACACAGAAGGUUACAGCAUGGUGUGUGUGUGCAGCGCCAUCUGGGAACCGAGAGAAGAUUUCUAUACAAAAACUUCAAAUGUAACUGUCUUUGUGAGCAACGACAGUCAAGAAAGAAAGAUAGCUUCGGCAAAGAUCACAACUGUAACAGCUGUUGCCUUUCCUGUUAUCAUCCUCGUCAUCCUCGCCAUUGUCAUCGCUUUUGUGAUUCACAUGAAAAGAAGGGGCAGACAAAGAGGGAUCGACAAGCAAAACCUCGAGUCCUGCCACCAAAGGGACAGUUUAAGCCAACAAAGUCGUACUACAUGUUCCGACUAUGAAGACGUUGAGACCCCUAGAAACCAACCAACAUUGAAUGUUCACAACAUUCACAGAAGCAGGAGACCAGUAAUCAAUGUUAUUACUGAAACAGGGACUUCCAGUCAGGAAAUAACAUUCCCAAAUGAAGAUGAUAUGUGUAGUUCAAGGGAACAUCUUUGCGAGUUUUCAAUCCAGUUGGGAACACAAGGAACAUUGGUCAAGAUUUUAAGCUCGACAACAGAGGAUGAACCCGUAUACCACGAAAUUGAUCAACCUGCUCAAGAUCUUGGUACUAUUACAGCAACGACAGAGCCGCAAACCAAUCGCUCAUCCUCCAGAUCAGCGACUUCCAACAUGCCUGCUGUUUACGACAUGUGUGUCUGUCCUCAAGCUUCCAUCUCUUCUCUAAAGCUAGAGAAAGAUAAAUCAAGUAAGGAAGAAUGGGAACUGUACAAUACCCUCCAACACUGAUAGCUGUAUUGAACAGUAUCUGCUUGGGUGCAGGAAGAUGCAUCACAAAGAUGACCUUCAAAAUCUUUAGUAACAAGAUUAAUUAAUUUAAUUUAUUGUGGUGCAGACUCCUUCGUACAGAUGUAUACAUCGCGAAAGAAAAAUAUUUAUUGGACGUCUAUAUGUAUUCUUCAUUUUAGCUACAUGUGCAUUUCAUUAAUUUGUUAUAUAUGUUUGCUGCUAAAAUAUCUUUGAACCGCAGGAUUUCAAGAUUCAUUUCUGUGCCUCUUGGCUCUACAUGCUUUUUACAUCCCUCAUCUUUAGUUUCAGCCUGUCCCUCUCUUAUUUGGUUUCUUUAUUCCUAGUCUCAUUUAAUGCUUCUAAAAGUGAAAGAGAAUUGUUGAUGGCAAUCUUGUAGUCGCAAGUAAUUUUCUAGCUAUUUUUUUUUAUCGAAAAAUAAAGCUGAAUAUUAGUUUU